AUGGAGAACCCUCCUGAGGACGUCGCGAACACGGCCCGCCACACCGCGGGGCCUUCACGGGCUGCGCCUGGGGAGCAGGGUUCCGCCGGGCAGAUCCCGGUGCACCACCGGCUGGGCCCAUGGCGCAGGGCCUCAGCACCGGACGCUAAUGGCUGGCAGAAGAGCACCAUGCGAGAGCUUGCAGAUGCGGUCGUUCACCGCAUCGUCAGGCAUCAGGCACAGAUGGGGGGAGCCCGCUCCAUCACCAACGUUGUCACCAGGGGAAACCGAGGCAUAUCAGGGCCAUGGCCGCGUCAACACCAGUUCGGCAACGCCGGCGACGGCCAUGACUCCGGUGACGCGCCCGACCCGCAGCUUGGGCCUGGGUGGGGUCCGACGUUCCAGCAAGCGCCACCUGUCAUUGUUGCCAAGAUUCCCUGCCCAGUCCAACCUGGUCACGGUACUUGGUCAUCUGGACCACGCACGUCAGGUACGGUGUCGUCUUCCACCUCCCAGUCGACCGAGGCAUCCCAGGAUUUCGAAUUUCGAAUCCUCUCGCAACCGGAACUGCCGACUCCCAGGAUGGACCCAAUGCUUCAUGUCGCUGACACGGAGGGCCCCGAGUGCUCUUCACCAUGCCUAGUGGCAACUGAGCAGCCGCUUUUGGUCAUGGAGCCGGAAAUGUCGCCGCAAAGCGCCGAUCCGCAGACGUCCUGGGCGUCGGGGUUGGUGUCUGACGAGCAUGAGCUCACUGCAUGGCCUGCGGUUCUGCCCGUUGUUCGCGGAGGGUUGGCUGGUUCAGUUGGCCUCUGCCAUCCCAGCGAGGGUGACAACGUUUCUAGAGAUGGGCUGGACCAACUUCUUCCUUUCCAGCCUACCGUCGGGAGCCUACACUUUGAAACCCACAACGAGGAGCCUGCACAGCCUACCGUCGGGGACACCUUGGAAGCCCACGACGAGGGGCCUGCUCUUAACUCGCCAACCAACUGUUGCCCGUCUGUUGCAGGAUCUUCCACAGUCCGACCCAAUUCAGUCCAGGACAUCAUCGCUAGCCUCAAGUUGCCGCUCAAGGAGUCGCUGCUUCAGUCCCCGCCGCGCCUCCGUGUCUUGCGCGCGUGA